AACCUUGACCUCAGUUGAACCAAAAUGGCGCUGUCGAAUGGAUGUGCAUGCAAGAUCGGACCGUCUAUUUUGAAUGCCGAUCUCUCUAACCUGGCUUCGGAAUGUCAGCGGUUCAUGGAUUGUGGAUCUGACUAUAUGCAUCUGGAUGUGAUGGACGGACAUUUUGUGCCCAAUCUGACACUCGGGCAUCCAGUGGUGAAAUGUCUGAGGCCGAAACUGCCGGGAGUUUUCUUUGAGAUGCACAUGAUGGUUGCAGACCCUGAAAAGUGGGUGGAGCCCAUGGCAGAUGCGGGGGGAGACAUGUACUCCUUCCACUUGGAAGCAGCCGAGGAUCCAGGACGAUGUAUCAGGAAGAUUAAAGAGGCUGGAAUGAAGGUGGGCCUGGCUGUCAAUCCUCCAACCAGUGUACAGGGUGUGCUGCCGUUUAUGGACAUGGUGGACCUCGUCCUCAUCAUGACUGUCAACCCAGGCUUUGGGGGUCAGAAGUUUAUGGGGGAAUGUUUAUCAAAGGUGCAGUUUCUGCGUGACAAGUACCGGAGUAUGGACAUCGAGGUGGAUGGCGGUGUGGGUCCCAGCACCAUCCAGCAGUGUGCUGAGGCAGGGGCAAAUGUCAUUGUGUCAGGAAGUGCAGUGAUUAACAGUGACAAUCCAAGGGAGACAAUCAGCUACAUGCGACACAUAGUGGAUGAAGCACUACAGAAAGCAUCUUUAGAGCGAUGAAGUCUCGCACUACCUGAUAGGUGCUUCCAUGUCAGGGCAGGGUUUAAGUCACAUGUUAACACAACGCAGGCUUGUUGUUUUGAGGGAAUCUUUGACAUCUCAUAUGAGAUCAAUUUCAUAUUUCACUUUCAGUCACACAGCAUUAUGUUUCUUGUCUUGAUUGUAGCUUGUUUCCUUUCUCCUUUUGACUUUGCAUGUAUCAGGAGCGUCUACAGAUACACUGGUUUAAUCAGUUUACAGCCAAAGAAAUGAUCAAACAGAAGGUAUGACUAUAACAAGGGGGGUAUGUAGUUUGUUGUUGAUAUAGUCCUAUCCUGUUGGUGAGUUUAGAUGAGGGAAAUCAUGUUGUCGAUGUGAAGCUCAAUGGUGUUAUGCUGUUACUAACACUUAAUUCCUACCUCAACAAUGUCUCAUGACCUUAGUCUAUUAUUUGUGUCUCUGCUUUUCCUGAUAAUAACAUUACUAACACAUUUUCAGUCUAUCACUCAAAGUAGAUGUAUGUUUUAGUGGUACAUGUAUAUUAAAGUAUAGUGCCGUGAGAUUGUAACUUGAUAUUUGGUGAUCAUAUUGGGUGCACUACAGAACUAUUAUAAUUUGCUCAAUUCCUGAAACUACUCAGAUAAAGUCGGGUUGCAUUAGUCAUAGCCCUAGAGUUGACCUUAGUGUAUUGAGUGACGGGGGGACCAAGUCAUUGGAGGUGCCACAAUUUGCUUACAGAGUUGUGUCCCUUACCAUGCCAGGAUCUGCAUCACAACUUGGCCUUGAUUAGGAUUCUUGAUCUGUUGGAUCCAGUGCCCUUGGGUUCCACUCCACUUCUGUAUAGCAGGAGGGCCAGUAGCCGUAGGACUUCUAUAUAGCAGGAGGACCUGUAGCCAUGGCACUUCAGUAUAGCAGGAGGACCUGUAGCCAUGGCACUUCAGUAUAGCAGGAGGACCUGUAGCCUUAGCACUUCAGUAUAGCAGGAGGACCUGUAGCCUUAGCACUUCUAUGUAGCAGAAGGGCCAGUAGCUGUAGGACUUCUAUAUAGCAGGAAGUUGUAGGGUAUAGCACUUCCAUAGCCUCAGCACUUGUUGAACAGGGGACCAGGGUCCACUUACAUAAAGCGAUCUUAGCGCUAAGAUGACUGUAACUCCCAUACCUUAACAUAGGCUUACAAUAGUCUUAGCCCUAACAUCACCUUGUUGGAACAGAGGAACAAGUGUUCCAUGCUGCUGGUAGGUUCUCAAUGCCAUAGAAAAAUCAUAUUUGAAAUUAUAAUUUGAUCUGAUAUUUGGUACUUUUUACUUUUGUUUUCUCUUCACUAGAGGCAUGUAUGAUGCAGAGACUCUGAGUGUUGAAGGUUUAGCCCGUGUUAAAAUGAUCAUGAAAUCCAUCGGUAUGCAACAAACAUUGACACUGUGGUCUUCAGUAGCCAUUCAGUCCCUGGGCCCCAUUCCUCAAAGCAAUCUUAGCACAACAAUGAUCGUAAGCCUGUGUAAAGUAUGGGACUUAUGAUCACCUUAACGCUAAAAUUGCUUUGAGGAACAGGGCCCUGUACCAGUAUUGCUCCUCCUGUAACUCAACUGAAACUUAAAAGCUUUGAUGUUGAUGUGAAUGCACAGAUGUUGAAUAAAUUAUGUGUCGUCUCUCAUUGAUUUGAUUUGAAGAAAAAUAUUAUGCUGUAAGAAAGUGAAAGUUAUUGUAUGUGAUCAUUAUUAUUACCAAACUACAGCUUAAGAUUUUCAUUAAUGAGACAGUGCCUCUGGACUUUUUAGUAUUCGUGAAAUGUAUUUUAAAAUUUAGAUUGAUAUAAUGAACCAGUGGUGUGUAUGUUGAUUCUUACCAGGUCAGGAUAUUAAUAAGUUCCAAGGGAAGGUUUUGUUUUGGUCACUACUUGAAAACACUCAAUUAUUUUCCUGUCUAUGGAGGUUCUGAAUUUAGUUGUAUCCUCUUAGCAAUGAUGGUGCUCGUCGCAUGGCUGAUGAUCUUCAACAACUGUGGAGCUGAACCAAUAUGUGCAUACCAGAAACCAUUCUAUGAGGUUUUCUGCUGUUUUCUAUUGUGGUCAUAUACAGGGAAUCAAUAAAACACUUAACUGCA